AUGCUCCUCUUUCUCGGCCUGACCGUCUUCUUCUCUGCGAGCUUUUCCAUGGAGAUGAACCAAACCUCCAAACUGUUUGCGGAGAGUGGAGAGCAAUGCUCGGCCUGCGACUUUCGCGAGCACAGCAAGCAAAUGAGGCUCCACAGCAUCAAGUCGCAGAUCCUCAGUAUCCUGCGGCUCGAACAGGCUCCCAACAUCAGCCGGGACAUGAUCCGCCAGAUGCUCCCCAAAGCGCCUCCUCUGACGCAGCUCCUGGAGCAGUACGACCCGCGGGUGGAGGAAGAGGACCACGCCACCACGGAGACCAUCAUCACCAUGGCCACCAUGCCUAAUCCAAUCGUCCAGGACGAGUCAUCCUCGUGUUGUCUGUUCACCCUCAGUCCAAAGAUCCAACCCAAAAACAUCCUGCGCGCUCAGCUGUGGGUUCACCUGAGGCCAGCUGACAUGGUCACAACCAUCUUCCUGCAGAUUUCCCGCGUCAAACCCGGGAAGGAGGGAAACAACACCCGAGUCAGAGUCCGCUCCCUGAAGAUCGACGCCGGUGCUGGCGCCGGUUCCUGGCAGAACAUUGACAUCAAGUCUCUGCUGCAGGCUUGGCUGCGUCAACCGGAGAGCAACUACGGGAUCGAGAUCAACGCCUACGACUCCAACGGAAAAGAUCUGGCUGUCACCUCAGCAGAGCCUGGAGAGGAAGGACUGCAACCGUUCAUCGAAGUGAAGAUCCUCGACAGCCCCAAGAGAUCCCGCCGUGACUCAGGCCUCAACUGCGACGAGGAGUCUGCAGAGACCCGCUGCUGCCGCUACCCACUCACUGUCGACUUCGAGGAGUUCGGCUGGGACUGGAUAAUCGCGCCCAAACGCUACCGUGCCAACUACUGCUCAGGUGAAUGCGAGUUCAUGCACCUGCAGCAGUACCCACAUGCACACCUGGUGAACAAGGCCAACCCGCGGGGCACAGCGGGGCCCUGUUGCACGCCUACAAAGAUGUCAUCCAUCAACAUGCUCUACUUCAACCGCAAGGAGCAGAUCAUCUACGGAAAGAUCCCAUCCAUGGUGGUGGACCACUGCGGCUGCUCCUGAUUUAAAAAAGAAAGUCUAAACCUAGACCAUCACAUCUAUGAAAGAGAUGCAAGGAGCUUUCUCAAGGACAGGACAGUUGUUUUUAGUUUCAUACUUUGUGCUAGAUAUCAGACAAACAAGACGUGUUAAUCCAAAGAUAUUCUUCAAUAAUCAAAACUUCUUAAAAGAGAAACAGUGAGCAUUAUAGUUAUACACUCCCUUAGACAUUACAGUCACACCACAUAUCCAGAAGGUGCAACUCAGACCAUGAACAGUGGGGGGCAGUAUAUGGGAUGUACUACAGCAGACUGUAAACAGACAAGAACAAUGGCGGAAAGUUUUGAAGAAAAACAAAUAGAGUUUGUCGCCACUGUCCCUUUUUCUUCACAAUGUAGUUACUUUCUCAUGUUUGCUUAUGUUUAUUUUAUUCCUCCUGGUGCACACAGAGUAUGCAGGCCUUAUGAGAACAAUGCAACGCCUGCUGGUAAAAAGCAAGUAAUAAUUCAUUAAUAAAAACCAAGAUAGAUAAUAGAUAAUAGAUUCCUGCUGUUUCCUGUCCUCCUGCCUUAUGAAAAACUGUCCUAAGUUGAGCCUUGACCAGAACAAACCCUGCAGGACGUCUUCCAUGUGCGUCUUUAUUUUGAAAAACAUGAACCUAAUGACUCAGCUGACAGAUCGACCUUCCCCUUCCCAACACUUGUUUGCAAAGUCCUCGCUGUGAUCUGUUUUUAAGAGCGUCACAGUGAUAGAGAGAAGCUGCCUUGACCAGCACAAGGGACAGUGAUCAACCUCCAAUCAAAUCUUAAUUGUACCCCAAACACAGUUCACUCGAGGCCUAAAGGUUGCAAAGCUUUUUAAAUAAUAUUUUCCUUCUUCUUCUCUGCCAUUUUGCAAUUUAUCUUCUUCAUGUUCUCUAGCUUGCAUGCACUAAACAUUUACAGGAUGAAGAGUAGAUUGACACCACACUGAAACGCAGUAUUCCUGUACCCUUAAAGUGUCUGGAGUUUGGAUCAAUAGUGAUGUAACAAUGUACUAACACACACACACUUCUACAUCGCUGCAGAAGGAUGAGAAGCUAAACCACUGGAGGUCAGCAACAACAAGAUGUUAGGACGUUUUAACUUCAACUUUGGUACAAGACAUUAAAAAUAAAUGCUGAGCAUAAGCUACAACAAGAUGAGGACCUGCUCAUAUAAAUAGUUUCUUUAUAUCCUCGUAGGGACACUUUCCCCCUGGUAAUAGUCAGAGUGGAGCAGCAUGAGUGGUGGUUGUCAGCAACACUGGUUUACAGAUUAAACUAAUAUUUUUAUGUCAUUGGGAAGCAACGAAACACUGAUUUGCAUGGCUCCACACGAAAACCAGACCUCGAACUUUAACCCUAACCUUCCUUCCAUGGAGCAACAAGAAGAAAAUCAGAAUGUAAAAGUAGUUUUGGAUCCAAAUCACUGGUAAUAGUGUACAAACAGCCAGGGAAGUUUCAGAUCCAUCUGCCAAUUACAACGUGAGGGCAGGAACUGUGAUCUCAGAGGGAGGUUUGAUCUCAAUUUAAAGCCGAGUGCAGAUGUCCUGACUGUUGUUGUGCUUCACAGGGUUUCUGACCCAAAAGCCUUUGUUCUGCUGUUGGAACAGAACGUCCACAGUUGCACAUGUGUGUGCGUUAUGUUCUGCAGUGAACAAAAUGUCCAUCCAAGUUAUUUGAUGCCCAUUGGUUCACUUACCUGCAGAAACAGGAGAAAAAAAAGCCCAGGUGAGCAGUUUUAUCCUAUUUUUAUUGUUUCAUUAUGCUCAUCUCUACAAGUGAAACAAAAAAACAAAGAUUGAAGUUUCUGUUCUUGCAUUCACAUGUGACCCGACUGUCGCAAACAUAUUUCAAGGCGGUUUCAAGUUUCUGCAAGUUGAUUUUCUCACAGAAUAUUGCUGAAAUGGACAGAAACCAAUGAUUCAUGCAUUGGAAAAUAGUCAACAUUAAUGUAAAGUAUGUACUUAUACCAAUUAUGUAAUUUUAAACACAAGGGUGGUCCUUUAAAGAUAUGUUCUGCUAUCAGUGUUGUUACCUGUCA